UGCGAUUCAGGGCUGGAGCGCUGGCGCUGCCCGGACACCGCGGGGUCCCAGCCAGCUCAGGGCACUCGGAGCGGGGAUCGGCGCGCCUCACUUUCCCCGCCCGAUGUCGCCGCCCGCCUGCUGAUCGCCUCGUCCCGCUGGUCCCGCGCCGGUGUGGGGGUCGUGGAGGUCCCCAGAGGCAGGAAGCCUCCUCAAAGUGGGAAUGGAGGUAAAUUGUUUAACACUAAAAGACUUGAUCAACCCCAGGCAGUCCAGACUAGAUUUUGCAAUUGAAGAUGGGGAAAAUGCACAAAAGGAAAAUAUAUUUGUUGAUCGUUCAAGGAUGGCCCCGAAGACUCCAAUAAAAAAUGAACCAAUUGAUUUAUCAAAGCAAAAAAUCUUCACUCCAGAAAGAAACCCCAUUACUCCAGUUAAGCUUGUUGACAGACAGCAGGCAGAACCUUGGACGCCCACAGCUAACCUGAAGGUGCUCAUUAGCGCCGCCAGCCCUGACAUAAGAGACCGGGAGAAGAAAAAGGGACUGUUCAGACCUAUUGAAAACAAGGAUGGUGCCUUUACAGACUCUUUGCAGCUUGAUGUGGUUGGGGACAGUGCUGUGGACGAAUUUGAAAAGCAAAGGCCAAGCAGAAAACAGAAAAGUCUGGGACUCCUGUGCCAGAAGUUUCUAGCUCGCUAUCCAAGUUAUCCCUUGUCAACCGAGAAAACAACCAUCUCCCUAGAUGAAGUUGCUGUCAGUCUUGGCGUUGAAAGGAGACGUAUCUAUGACAUUGUAAAUGUGCUGGAAUCACUGCAUCUGGUCAGCCGGGUGGCCAAGAAUCAAUAUGGCUGGCAUGGCCGGCAGAGCCUGCCAAAAACCCUGAGGAGCCUCCAGAGACUGGGAGAGGAGCAGAAAUAUGAAGAACAGAUGGCCCAUCUCCAACAGAAGGAGCUAGAUCUGAUGGAUUAUAAACUAGGAGAACGUAAAAAAGACGGCUGUCCGGAUUCUCAAGAUCAACAGCUAUUGGAUUUCUCAGAACCUGACUACCCCUCUUCAUCUGCAAACAGUAGAAAAGACAAGUCUCUGAGAAUUAUGAGCCAGAAGUUUGUCAUGCUGUUCCUCGUGUCCAAAACCAAGAUUGUCACUCUCGAUGUCGCUGCCAAAAUACUGAUAGAAGAAAGCCAGGAUACCCCGGACCAUAGUAAAUUUAAAACAAAGGUACGACGCCUCUAUGAUAUAGCCAAUGUCCUGACCAGCUUGGCUCUAAUAAAGAAAGUGCACGUGACAGAAGAGCGAGGCCGUAAACCAGCCUUCAAAUGGAUCGGGCCUGUGGACUUCAGUUCCAGUGCUCCUGGAAGUUUGGGCUUGAGGAUUAAAAAUAACCCUUCUUAUGAACUCUGGUGGUUUCCAUACCAGCAGAAUAAAGCCUUAUUUUUCUUUAAAACUCCAGAUGAAGAACUAGUAGAUGUUUCUGCAUCUGUCUUACCAGAAUUGAAAAGAGAAACAUAUGGCCAGAUUCAAGUCUGUGCAAAACAGAGGCUGGCUCGACAUGGUUCCUUCAGCACAGUUCAGGCUUCUGAGAGGAUCCAGAGGAAAGUGAACUCAGAGCCCAGCAGCCCUUAUAAAGAGGAACAAGGGUCAGGUGGCUACUCCUUAGAAAUUGGAAGUCUGGCAGCUGUUUACCGACAGAAAAUAGAAGACAGUUCACAGAGGAAAGCCUUCGUCAGUAAGAGAGUGAUGCCUCCGUCAAGCAGCCUGGACCCUGCUUCUCCUUUCCCUGGCUUGUCUGUUGACUCAGAAUAUUCUGCUAAUCCUUUACCACACCAAGUAUUUUCUGUGGCCCAAACGGACCUGCAGGCCUUCUCCAUGCAGAACAGUCUGACUGGACGAAUGAGUGUCUCACCAGCUUCGGCUGCCUCAGACAUGGAGACCCUGAAACCAGCCCUGCUGGCCAGCCAGCCUGUGGUGUACGUGCCCUCCACCUCGCUGUUCAUGCUAUACGGGAGCCUGCAGGAGGGACCAUCCCCAGGGUCCGGCUCGGGGUCGGAAAGGGACCCAUCCACACCCUCAGUUCAGAAGCGCCUUGGGGAGGAGAGGAGGCCUCAGGAGGAGGAGCCAGCCACUAAAAGACAGAGCAGGGACUACGAAGACAGCCCUCUAGCUCUUGUCGUGCCCAAGAAACCCUCAGAGUCCAUAGACGUUGCCUCCCCCACGACCCCAGGUAACAGCGGCUCUGUACCCCUCGAAGACAUUCACAUGGAGGCCCAAGUCUCAGCUGCAGAGGAGCGUUCGGCAAAGGCCACAGCCAACUGCUUCAUUUCUUCUGAGUGGGGAAAUCCUUCGGGAGACACAGAGAUCGAAAAGUCUUCAAAAGAAAAUGAAAGCACCAAAGAGCCCUCUUUGCAACAGUACCUUUACGUGCAGUCGCCGGCCGGAUUAAAUGGUUUCAAUGUGCUCUUAUCUGGCAGUCAGAACCCCCAUGCCGUGGGACCUCCUUCAGGUCAGCUGCCAUCCCUCAGCAUUCCUUGCAUGGUCUUACCAUCUCCGACGCUGGGCCCUUUCCCCAUCCUCUAUUCUCCCACGAUGGCCAGGCCACUUUCCUCUGCCCCCGGUGCUCUCCCAAAUGCGGGACCUGUGAAUUUUGGCUUGCCUGGCCUCGGAUCAACAGCUCAUCUUCUCAUCGGCCCUGCAAACAUGGUUAAUCCAAAAUCAUCAGCACUCCCCUCCGCAGACCCUCAGCUCCAGGGUCCGCUCUCGCUCAACCUGAGUCCAGAGAUGCCAAGAUCACACAACGUCAUCCAACCUGAAUCCCCUGUGUACGCGGGGCAUCCUGUCCCCAUAGUAAAAUUACAACAGUCCCCAGUUCCCGUGACCCCCAAGAGCAUCCGACGCACACAUCGUGAGACAUUUUUCAAGACGCCUGGCAGCCUGGGAGACCCUGUCCUUAGGAGAAGAGAAAGGAAUCUGACACGAAACACCAGCUCAGCACAGAGGAGACUCGAAAUCCCCAGCAGCGAGGCUGACUAAUCCCACGCCGUGCCAGACGGGGGUGGGGCCCCCCCGACCUGACCUUCCCCAUCCCAGGUGAUGCCCUGACACUGAAUGCAAAGCGGGACGCAGACCAUCCAGUCUUAGGCACACAUCGUCCUCUCUCUUUCACCCGCCGGUUCUAAUGUUAACUUCCCAUCAUCAUGAAUCAUCUAUUCCUGAAAGCAAUUGUUAUUAAUUGUGCAUUUAAUAUCAGCUAGAGUCCAGACUCUGCGUGGUGUCACAGUGAAAGCACCGACUGACUUCUAUGGUUUCGAUUCAAGAAUCCUUUUAUUGCUGGAAGCCGAUCUGAACAGGCUACUGGAGCCUUGUGGUUUCUCUACUGGGGGAGGGGGCUGUCUAGCACUUAACUAGGGUGAGCAUUCUUGGCAGGUUUUUCCCCUCGCCCUGAGCAUAGAUCUGUGGUGAGAGAAACUUCUUUUCUGCAGUUUAAAAAAAGCUACUGCUUCCUUAGGCUUCCUUUAGGCUUCAGGAAGCCGAUUCCAGUUGUGAAUCCUAUGGUAUUAUUUAUUUUGUUCCUGAAAUGGGAUUUAGUGCAAAAAGUUUACAACGACAGCAAAAUACGUUUUUCAGGGUAUGACGACUUGAAUGUUUAUACUUUUUUCCUAUAAUUUGCCCUGCACUUACGUUACAACCUACUAAUAAUGUGGAUAAAUGUGUAUGCAGACGGAAUGUUACGACCAAAAUAACUGUGAAUGGCACCCUUGCUAUCAUGAACUGUGCUGACCCUGUCUGGGCAUGAGAAGCAAGAUGAACGCUAGCAGCCCAAGAGCUGACCUGUGUGAACAUUAAGGUUUUACUGUUCGUUUGUAAAAAUCCUACCAUGUGCAGUUUCCUUCACCACAUGCCCCGUGGGUUUUUUUUUUUUUUAAUUUAAAUAUUAACUGUAGAGUAUCAGGUAUGGAUGCCUUCGAAGGAUAUCUGUCUAUUGAAUAAAUCAGGAUGGUAGCAAGUGAUUAUAUGGAAAAUUGGAACCUAGAUAGGACCUUUUGGUAGAAUUCUGAAGCGUAAUGAUGUAGAAAUUGAUAUAGGACCAAUAGGUGAUCAUUUUUUUUUUCCUUUGGCUUUUUUUUUUUAAUUUGUGGAAGGGUAAGAGGGAAUAUGGACAACUUAUGUUCAGUAUCCAAGAGUAUUCAAACCAGUUAUUUUUCAGAACGUUUCUGAAAAAUAAGAGCGGUGAGUGCAGGGAUUCAUUGUUCUAGCAUGAAUACAAUUCUGGAAACUAUUAUGCAAUACCCCUUUGUUAAACCAUACUGCUUUAGGAUUUCAUUAAGUAGCCAGACUAGUUCUUUAUAUUCCUAGGUUUAUUGACGUACCUCAAUCUUGUCUCUUCCAGUAAAUGCCUUCCUCUCUCCUUCCUUUUUCCUUCCCUCCUUCCUUUCCUCUUUCCUUUCUUUUUUAAGCUUCUGUCUUAGAUUUGGAAUCUUGGUGUAGGAUUCUAUUUUAUUUUUAUUUUUGGACCCAAUAAAAUGUUAUAUGAAAUAAAAAUAUUAAUUUAAGAGACUCUGGGAGUCUGACUAAAGUAGCUUUAUAUUAACUACACGAUACUAUUAGCCUUAUUACCCCCACAAGAUUUUUGAAAACUUGAGGUAGGUAGCCAGAUUAAAUAAAUUUGUUAUUAUAUAAAAUUUUUUAUCAACACUAAACUUUUGAAGUUUACAAGAUGACAUUUUUUUUCUUUUUCUUUUUUUUUCUUUUUUUUUUACAAUCUUUUCUAGUGUUAAACAGAUAAAAUUAUGGUUCUAAUCAACAAUCUCCCAGUAACGAUUACCCGGAGCUAAUACGAGGAGUUCCCUUAAACAAAAAUAUGCCUUUUUCAGUGAAAGUACAGGACACACAGCAUCCCUAGCCGCACAGGGUAUGUGCAUGUUUAAAUCCACCAUGCUUAAAAACUUCCACAAAAUAUUUUCACUUGCGAGGUCUACAUUUAGAUGAAAUCACAAUCUGAUUUUCCCCGCACUGUUUUUGGACACUCGCCACUUACUAUUUUAACUUCUUUGCUUCCUUUUUUUCUUUUUUCUUUUUUUUUUUUUAAAUUCUGUUCAUGAGAUGACCAUAUAAACCUCAGAGAAUUCACGGUUUCUUGGGGGGUGUAAAGAAGCAACCCCAUAAAUCAGAAUAUCAUGACUCUGUGACCAUACUCAGCAACAGAAAACGGAGAACCAAUUUGUUUUGUAUUCAGUGCCCACUUUUUAAUGUGGCUUUGUGAUGUGUAAAAAUAUAAAAAAUAAAACAAUGCAGGGGUUGUUUCUGUCAGGAAAACGUAGCGAAGCUGCUAAGCUAGACUUGGGUAUUCGGGGUAGUGAAGAAGCAAUGGCAAUCUCGAAUCUAUCAUUGUAUAACUUAGUAACAGAGAAAAAUAAUUGUCGGGGAUCCUGCUAGGGAAAUGCAGCUUUGACUUGGCACUGAGGGAGGUAUGUGUGCCCUACACUGUCCAGGGUUUGUGAAACCCUUUCAUUCUGGUACAAGAGUUGGGAGUAUAACUUUUAUACUUGAAUCUACCUACCAAGUUUACAUUUCUCAAUUCUUUUUUGUAAGGUGCUAUUUCUGUAUUUAAGUAACUUUGUUUUUUUUUAUUCAAUGUAAAGCUGCUUUCAGCUAAUCUUAUUGCACUGCUAGUUUUGUGUAGGUAUUAAUUUUAUUGCUGCUUACUGCUUUCAUCUUCAUACUAUUUAGCUGUUCUUUUUUCUAAUGGCUAUAUUUAUAGCUAUCUACUUGUAACUUUACUACAUGUAAACUGAUUUGUUUCUCUUUUAGAAAGAUAUUAAGCUUUAUAAAUUAGCAAUAAAAAUUAAUUCAUUUCACGA